AUGAGUGACAACUAUGAAUCGUCCAAAAGUAAGUUAUUAAGUAAAACGACUACGCAUACUCAAUCAUACAGCGAUCAACAAUGGAUCAACACACAAUACAAUGAAACUCCUUAUUCUUCCACAAAACACAAUGGUUUAAUUAAAUGGUAUAAUCGCCGACGUGGCUAUGGUUUUAUAAUUACUGAUGAGGUUGGUAGUGAUCUUUUUUUCCAUUACACAGGUUUGAUUAGUGAUAAUGAUAUAAGCGAUGGUGAUCGUGUUCAGUUUGAUAUUGUUCAAACUAGGAGAGGUUUACAAGCAUAUAAUGUAGAACGUUUUGUUCAUCGAAGUAAUUAUCAGCGUCAUCCUAAUAGUGACAAUUAUAGAAGCUGA